AGCUGAUUACACAUCAAGACAUUAGUGUGUAAUGUUUUUUUCUUUGUAAGUGCUUUGUCCCCUGAGUGCCCUAGAGAUACUCACUGGAGUGUGAACAUGAGUUUCUCAGAUCUGAGCUGUACCUUACCAAUCCCAACCUAGAACUGUUUCUACUCAACUGGGUUCAUCCUUGGUGGCAUCAAUUUCUAGAGAAGGUUCAUUUGACAUUGGAGAAGACAACUGUGUGACCCAAACCUUUCCAAUAGACCAUCAGAGACCAAGUGGAUAUCUUUCUGCCUGCUGGGAAUAGAAGGGUCAAAAUAACUUUAAUUUCUUUUAAAGAAUAUUCCAAGUUUUUCUUUUACAUUUUUUUUUAUGAAUUAUGGCCAAUUCAGGAUUCCAACUCCUUGGCUAUUUCCUUGCCCUUGGAGGAUGGAUUGGUAUUAUCUCCACCACAGCACUACCUCAGUGGAAGCAAUCAUCUUAUGCAGGAGAUGCUAUCAUCACAGCAGUGGGACUGUAUGAGGGACUGUGGAUGUCAUGUGCUUCUCAAAGUACUGGGCAAGUGCAGUGCAAAGUGUAUGACUCUCUGCUCUCCCUGGAUGGUAUGUAAGGGCAAUGUUACAGCUCACAGUAACUGCUAUACCUGUGUCAUGCAAUAUAGCUAGUAUGGGCUGAGGCUGCUACACAUUGAUACAUCGCUGAUACAUGCUAGGAGUUCUAUUAGUAAAAUAAUAACAUCAUAAAGUGCAAUAGAAUAAGUUAUUAGAUGGUGCUAUAUAAACAAUACAAUUGCUGAAACAUAAUGAAAUGUAAUGGUUAAACACAAUCCAUAACAUAUAUAUCAAGUCCAAACAAAGUUGGACUUUAAAUAUAUUUUUGCAAGACUAAAUGUAAAGCACACCUUUGUUUUUUUAUAUAAUAUAAAUAACAGAUAAUAUAUAUACUUGAAAACUAGCAAAAGCUAACUAUACUCUACAUGUUAAAUAAUUGCAUGAGAUUAUUCUUAUUUAUUAAUAUUAUUAGUGGUAUAUUAAUAAUACCAUUAUUUAUAGAGAGGCAAUUAAACUCUGAAACAUUGAAACAAUUAACAUUUAAUUAUUAGUAUUGCCUCAUUAUUCUAUUCACUUUGUUUGCUUGUAUUUAAUUUGUUUUAUAAACCCAUCGUACAGCACUGAUGAAUAUGAUAAAAUAAUAUAUAUUCGUAGGUAUGUGAAAAUUCUCAUACGGGUAUAUAAAUAUGCACACAACCAUAUAAAUAUGCACGCAUGGUUAGUUAUAAUUUCAGUUUAUUUGAUUAUGGCACCUUCUACAGUCAGCGUGUUUUAAAAGUGUUUCUUUGAAAUGUAAACAUGCUAUUUGUUUAUAUUAUUAUCAUGUUUUUGUUCAUUUUUUUUUCUUUGCAUUGCAACAAAUUAUAGAUGGGACAAUCAUGUGUAUUCUUAGUUAUUGAAUGAUUUCUGUUGGUAAAGUGGGGUUCAUGGGAUCAUUUAUUACUUCCAAUCUAUACAAAUUCCAACCUAACUAUAGCAAGUAAAACAUACCUUGCAGGGCUAUUUAGUAAAGUGAGAAUUCAAAGUGAAUUUCACAUUUAAGGUCAGAGUAGUUGAAGCGAAAGCAAAGCUCAAUUAAAGAAUUUCUCAAUUUCGGCUACUGUGAUCUUAAAUGUAAAAUUCACAUUGAAAGUUCACUUUAUUAAAGGAUCAUUCUAGUGUCAGGAAAACAAACUCUAGUUUUUCUGAAAUUGCUAUGUUUACAUCUGAAGGGUUAAAACCUGAGGGACCUGGCACCCAGACCACUUCAUUGAGCUGAAGUGGUCUGGGUGACUAUAGUGGUCCUUUAAAUAACUAUGUGAGAGUUGAAAGUAAAGUCCUUUAGAAACAGUAGUUUGAUCGAUCUAAUAUCAUAGUGUGUCUGAAAUAUAAAUAUCACAACAUGCACAAAGAACACAUUUUUAUCUUGUAUGCAUUAAAUGUUUAACUAUUUCAGGCCAGAUCUACAACUCAGCUAUUCUACGUGCAUUUUGCAAGUUGCCGAUCAGCUCACCUCAAAUCACACUUUAGUGAACAGUCCUCUUAAAUACCUUUCUCAUAGUAAGGGGCUGAUGCAUAUUGGCAUGUAUUGGGACAUCUCAGCAGACAGCUCUUAAGGACACCUAUCACUUAGAAAUAAUGAUGGGCAGUACAUGAAGAGUGCUACAUUACGUUAUAUAGAAUUCAGAAGCGUCUGUAUAAAAUUAAGUCAUCAACCAAUGAGGAAGCCUGCAGCACAUACAUUAUACAUGUGUUACCAUUAACAUGAAGACAUUAUAUGUGUCCUUUAAAGGACCACUAUAGUCACCCAGACCACUUCAGCUCAAUGAAGUGGUCUGGGUGCCAGGUCCCCCAGGUUUUAACUCUUCACAUGUAAACAUAGCAGUUUCAGAGAAAUUGCUAUGUUUACAUUGCAGGGUUAAUCCAGCCUCUAGUGGCUCUCUCAAUGACAGCCGCUAGAGGCGUUUCCCCGAUCGCACAAUGCGAAAAUUGCAUUGAGCACACAGAACGUCCAUAGGAAAGCAUUGAGAAAUCCUUUCCUAUAGGCCUUUUUAAUGUGCGCGCGGCUCUGGCCGCGCAUGUGCAUUCGGCUCCGCUCGGGAGCUGAUGGAGGGGAGGAGAGGUCACCAGCGCCGAGGGAGCCUCGCGAUGGAUAAAGGUAAGUGGCUGAAGGGGUUUUUACCCCUUCAGCCCAGCGGGAGGGGUCCCCUGAGGGUGGGGGGGGGACCUAAGAAUUAUAUAGCUGUCCUUUAACCCCUUAAGGACCAAACGUCUGGAAUAAAAGGGAAUCAUGACAUGUCAUGUGUCCUUAAGUGGUUAAUAUAUGGUGUAUAUGGAAAUUCCAGCUCUUAUGAAAUCCUCCAUGAAUAAGAUUUAUCAGGGAACUGAAAAACAUGGACCUUGGCAUAACCACAUAUUUGUUAGGCUACUAGACCUUUAUAUAUUAAAUAAAAGCACAGUGGUAGACAUGGCCAUCGUCUGGGCCCCUACGACAGCCACAUCACCUGGGCUCCUACGAUAGCCACAUAUGCUCCUAUUUCUCCCUCAUCUCCCAGUAAUACCUGUUUUCCUCUGUCAUGGAAAAACAUCUUUUCACCUGCCCUGUGGAGCAGAGUGCGUGUGGGCACAGGAAUAUGACAUCAUAUUCAACCUCCUAUUCUUAAGAUCAGCCUGUUAAAGAGCAGUUAAAGAGAGAUCUCUGCCCUGAUACUAGGCCAGUUCUAAUAGGGCUGCAGGGCCCACAGAACCAACCAAAUAAUGGACAAAAUGAAAAGGGUGGAUCAGGCUGUGACUGUGAGAGAAAUGUGGCCUGUGCGGAAAAGGUGCUCUAGUCUUAUAAAUACUAGUAAGUCAAUAUUCGUUAUUAUUGUGUUGUCUGAUUUUGGAAAGUUUGCAGGACUCCUGGGUGCCAUAAUGAAUGUUACAGUAUAUUGUCCAUGUUUUGCACCACUGACAUUAGUUUGUUGCAAAAUUGGAAAGCACCGCAAACUGGGGUUUUGCCUUCUUUUGCAUGAAAAGAAAAAAACAGAUGUGAGAAAUGCUGAAGUUGAUGAACAUAUGUUGCUUUCAGCUAUGUAACUAUGUAAAUUAUGCAAUGUGAUAUGGAAAGUAAAUAAUGACCAGUCUGCUGGAGCCAUGUCACAGACUUUCACCCUGUAGUCUUUAUUGCAAUAACGGUAAACAAUACCCUUUACCGUACUGAAGAUUAGCUGACACCAGGACUGAACCGGGGCUGGUCAGGUCUGGGACAAGUGGGGAAAAUAUUGACGAUAUGUAAUGGACACUCAAGGUUCUGAAAUUAAUCUUGAAAUCUAUUUUACACUAUGCACGACAAUUUAAUUUACAGCAAUUCAAAGUGAUUUCAAAGUGUAUCGCAAAAUUGAUUGCAAAGUAGCCGAAUUGGAAAUAUUCUAAAAGUCACCUCUGUUUACAAGAUAACUAUGUUGGCCUAAAAUUUUAAACUCAAUUCACUUGGAAUUUGCUCUGUUAAAGGUUUAUCUUUUACCAAAUCAUGGCAAUAACAACCCUGUUGUAUAACUUUAGCAGCUCAAACUCUUCCAAACACAAUAGGUAAGUCUUUUUUCCUUGCUGGACUAAAUCAAUAUUGCUGGGUGUAUUAUAAAGGGAUAGUUUUUCUAAAUUAAUCUAAAAUAUGAUGAUGCAUUCAGGAACAAUUAUACCUACGAAUAAUGAUAAAGUAAUGAUAAAUAGUGUUUUUUUUUUCACUUAACAGGGAAUUGGAAUAUGAAAUUAAGGAUUUUUGCAACAAUUCUAUAAAUCAAUCGAUAUUUGCAGCUGGUUAUUUUAGCCUGGCUUUCAGUUCACCACAAAUCAUUGCUAUAGUUAAAGGACCACUAUAAUUCCAGUUUCAUACUUGUUUUCCUGGCACUAUAGUGCCCUGAGGGUGCCCCCACCCUCAGGGUCCCCCUCCCGCCGGACUCUAGGGGGUGGAAGGGGUUAAACUUACCUCUUUCUCCAGUGCCGGGCGGGGGACUCUCCUCCUCCUCCCCGCCUCCUCUCCUCCUCCUCGGCUUAAUGCGCAUGCGCGGCAAGAGCCGCACGCGCAUUCAGCCAGUCUCAUAGGAAAGCUUUCACAAUGCUUUACUUUGGACGCUGGCAUCUUCUCACUGUGAAAAUCACCGUGAGAAGUACGCAAGCGCCUCUAGCGGCUGUCAAUGAGACAGCCACUAGAGGCUUGAUUAACCCUAAUAUAAACAUAGCAGUUUCUCUGAAACUGCAAUGUUUAUAGAAAAAGGGUUAAACCUAGCUGGACCAGGCACCCAGACCACUUCAUUAAACUGAAGUGGUCUGGGUGACUAUAGAGGUCCUUUAAUAAACCCCAUUGUGACAUUGUUACAGUUUCUCAACAAAAUACAGAUAGAAUUGCACUAAUUUCAUUUAAGCAAAAUAACUGAGUGCAACCAGGCCAGAGGCUAGCACAAACCCCAAAGAGUUGAAACCAAGGUGGAAGAAAAAGGUCCAGGCUCUCCAAAGCAUAGUAGGGCACAUUUAUUUAGAAUAAUGUUUUUCUAGCAAAGUUUCGACCCUACAUUGGGUCUUUGUCAAGCUAGUCCAGCAACGUUUCGACCUUACAUUGGGUCUUUGUCAAGCUAGGCCAGCAAUGUUUCGACCCUAAAUUGGGUCUUUGUCAAGCUAGUCCAGCAACGUUUUGACCCUACAUUGGGUCUUUGCCAAGCUAGUCCAGCAACGUUUUGACCCUACAUUGGGUCUUUGCCAAGCUAGUCCAGCAACGUUUUGACCCCACAUUGGGUCUUUGUCAAGCUAGUCCAGCAACGUUUUGACCCUACAUUGGGUCUUUGUCAAGCUAGUCCAGCAACAUUUUGACCCUACAUUGGGUCUUUGUCAAGCUAGUCCAGCAACAUUUUGACCCCACAUUGGGUGUUUGUUACAGCUUUUCACUAAAAUGUGAAUUCAAGGUAAAUUCGCUAGUCACCUGUCCCAGCAACAUUUUGACCCCACAUUGGGUGUUUGUUACAGCUUUUCACUAAAAUGUGAAUUCAAGGUAAAUUUCAAAUUUAAGGGCAGACUAGCACUAACGAAAGCAUAGCUUACUUGGAGAAUUUAUCCAGUUUGACUAUUUUGACCUUAAAUUUGAAUUCCCUUUGAAUGCUCACAUUAGUAAAUCACCCUGUGUGUGUUAAACCCAGUCAUUGGCUAUGGGAUGUAAUAUAUGUAUCUGCAACACAACUCCAUAUCACUAAAAUGAGCUCUGCAUAAUUCAUUACAUACCUUUGCCCUGCAAUGUGUUAUCCAUUGUUAUGGUACAUUACAAGAACACAGCGGGAUAAUGCUUGAAUCCAACUGUACCUUGAAUAAUAGUAUAUCCAAUGGAAAAGCACAAAUCACAUCAGUGUAGAAUGUGAACGAGUCAGUUUGCAAUGCUGACCUUUACAGUAUUUCCCUGACAAUGUGGCUUAGUAGCCGUUGCUGCAUGAAGCAUUGCCAUGACCUUGAUGUCUGGUUACACUUGUUGCCUUAAUAUCUGGUUUCAUUAGUUAGCACAUCAGACACCUCCAGUGGCCAAGAAAACUGUUUAGUGGGCUUUAAGGGAGGGGAUGGUACUUAAAGCAGCAUUGCCACCGUCUGGGGACCUUGCAGAAUUCGCAAAGACCCCUGAUGGUGAAAUCACUGCUGGCAGUCCGUCUAGCCGGGGGGUAGGGGCAGGUAGAGGUGAGAUUACUUAGCUGAACCUGUCCCUCGUAGACGCGGCUCAGAAGCUCCAGGAGCCGCCGUCACUGCUGUACGCACGUGCGAGAGUACAGAAUAAAGUCUAUGGGGGAACCAGCAAGACUGCAGGGUACUCCAUAGACACAGCCAAUUCCCUGCUGCCAUCACCCUGAGUCUGAGAAAGUCAGACGGAGGAGACAUGCAGGGACCAAGUAGUCCCUACUUUGUCUCUGCAUAUUUCUUGACUGGGUUGGAAUUUCAGUGAAAUUCCAACACAGUCAGAAUGAGUAUUUUUAAAAUGAGGUGACAUUGAAGCUUUAAUCAUUAUGAACCACAAAGGCAUUGGAGAAUGCUGCAUCCAGGGCAAUAUUUUUUGUGAAAGCCAUCUUCGUUAAUGGUUUAUUUAUUUUAAAAAUACUCUGCUCAGUGUCCUUAGAUGGUAGGUGUACAAUAGUGUACCUCUAAUCUUCAUGAAUACUGGAUUCUCAACACUCUUCUGCUAGAAAAUGAAGGAUCUACAGUCCACAGAAUCUUGAGUGCAGGACUGCUCAUAAAACCUUAAUUUUAAUGCACCCUAAUCCCUAGUAAUCCUAAUCCUAAAUCGGGACUGGACAAAUCCACUGUGGAAGGUUGCCAUGGCAACACUGAAAUUAUAAUUGGUGCUGAGAAUCUGAUAGCCUGAGAGUGGCUAAUAAAAUGUGUGUAAGAAUGAGGCUAAAGAUUUAGACAAUGAAGUGUGCGUUAUUUAUUAAGGACUUUUUCUGUCUCCCAACUUGAAAGUCCUAGAAAUCCACCUCCCUCUGAGCAAUCCCAUAUUAUUGUUUGUGUUUGAUAGUUUGUGUCAGCAACAUAUUCUUGCAUGAUUUUCCAUAGAACUCUAUGUAAAUUAAAUGCAUUUCUGUAGGAAGGUAACACAUAGGUCCGCCAUCAUUCAGCAUUCUACUGGCUCACUAUGAAUACUUCUGUGUGUGCAAGAACUGUGGUUAUAAAAAUCCUGGCAAAGCAGUCUUACAGAUGAUUACAGCUAAUUACAGCUUCAUCUUAAUUGAGUUGUGAUUGUGCCAGGAAGCCCCUUCUUAUCCUAAGGGGUUAAACCAUUCUCAAACGGUUUAACCCAAAAGGCUGCCUCCAGCGCUGGAUUGGCAGUUCCCCCAGGUGGCACCUAGCUUCUGAAAUUGAGUUUUUGUAAUUCCAAGUCAAUCAGUAACUCCCUAUUCUUAGAAAAAAAAAUUCAUCAGUGGGGAGCUACUGAUUGGCUUAGAGCGUCAGCUUAUCGCUCUAGUCAAUCAGCAGAAGCCCUGCUCGGCUGUACUUCGAGCAUCCUGAAACUCAAUUUCAGAAGCCUGAUGCUACCUGGGGUAACUUCAGAACUGGAGCUGGAGGCUGACCUUUGGGGUUAAACCUUUUGAGAAAUAUUUAACCUCAUAGGGUGAAAAGGAACCAGGGGGCCUCCUGACAUCAUAACAUCCUCAUUUAAGUGAAGUUGUUAUGGUGGCCAGAGUGUUCCUUUAAAUUUCCUUGCUACCUUGUGUACCACAGAUGAUUGCAGAUCACAGAUCACAGAUGAUUGCUUUAAUGGAAGCUGCCUUUUCAGAUCAAUACUCAAUACUUUCAGUGGCUGAGCUGUGUAUGGAUGGGCAAGGUGAGGGAAUACAUAGGUUGCAUUUACUUACUUCUGUGGAUUUGUUUUACAGUCAUCCACCUAACUAGUUUGUUAGCGACUCCAUCGGUCUCCAUUUAGGUAUAUUCAUCUGUCAUGCACCCUGUCGCAUACUCCCAACCUAUUACACACUGUCACCCAGAAACAUCCACCCAGCCACACCUAGUGGCACAUACCCCUUUACAGUCACCCACCUAAUCACAUUUACACCAUCCUUGAAUUACAUCUAUUUACCAACACUGUUAUAUUCACACACCCAGUCACAUGUCUACCCAUAGCCACACUCACCCAUCCUGUCACAUCUUACGGAUCAUUCACUUCUCUGCUCACAUAAACCUACCCACCUAAUCACCUACAACUACCAACCAACCAGUCACAUAGCUCUCCACACCCAUCAACCUACAUUUAUCCACCAAUGCAAGCAAAUUCACCUACCCACCCACCCACCCACCAAAUGUUUCCUACACAUUAAAGUACAUGCCCACAUGCACACAUUAUAUACAGGCCAUCAUACACACAAAAUACACAGGUACACGUAUACUGAUUACAUAUGUACCGUGUUUCCCCCCAAAUAAGACCGGGUCUUAUAUAAAUUUUUCCCCCGAAAAACGCACUAGGGCUUAUUUUCAGGGUAGGUCUUACUUCUGGGAAAAACGUGUGCUAGAAAGCAGGUCUAUGUUCAGGGGAAUUCCCCCGAACAUAGACCAAUUCACUAGGGAAUGGAAUCCUUCAAAUCUAUGUUUGGGGAAACUUUCUCGAACAUAGAUUAGUUUACUCGCUAAUAGAAUACCGCAAAUCUAUGUUCGGGGGAAACUUCCCCAAACAUAGAUGAGUUCACUCGCGAAUGGAAUCUUGAGUAUCUAUGUUCAGGGGAAUUCCCCCGAACAUAGACCAAUUCACUAGGGAAUGGAAUCCUGCAAAUCUAUGUUUGGGGAAACUUUGCUGAACAUAGAUUAGCUUACAAGCAAAUGGAAUUCCGCGAAUCUAUGUUCGGGCAAUUUCCCGAAACAUAGAUUAGCGAAUGGCUAGGAUUUAUUUUCAGGGUAGGGAUUAUAUUAGGAGCAUCACUUGAAAAUAACCUAGGGCUUAUUUUCAGGGAAUGUCUUAUUUUUGGGGAAACACGGUAGUCACAUACACAGUAGAAAAUUUGCAUAUUCAUAACUGGUUUAGAAUGUUGGUAGCGGGAAGAGUAUUCCACCAAAUUCAGCAGAGUUAUGGUUAAUCAUUAUUACUAGCAACCGCAUUUCUGUAAAGUUUGAGCAUGUUUACUAUGAUGUCCUUGAUUAAGGGUAGGCUGAGGUGUAUAAAGGGAGAAAAAUGAGAUGUGAAAAGGGCAGAACAAUUUAGUUUUAUCCUUAUACGGCAUUGUGAAGUCAUGCGCAUAGGUGUCUGUGAUCCUCUUCUCAACCCUGUGUGUAUAUACAUUGAUAAGAAAAUCUUUUUGUUAUAGAAUAAGAAGAGGCUCAGAGGGCAGACUUAUAAAGCAACAUUCUUUAAAAAAUGUUUUAAAAAUUAAUUAAAUAAAUAUAUAUAUAUAUAUAUAUUUUUUUUGAGCAUGAAAAAAACAGUACAAAUGGAUUUAAAAUGUGCUUGUGUCGAGGGUGUCAGUUUAAGCUUUGUCUGUUGUUCUUAUACAUUUUCUUAUUUUUAAUAUACUCCUUUGCACAGACCUCUAAAAUGUAGCUGGGAUGAUGAAAGUAUGUUAGAAAUGCUAGGGGGGGGAAAAAAACAGUUUAAUGUUCUAGUUUACAAUGUUUCUGUUUUUAUGUUAUUAAUUUUUUUUGGCACCUUGUUUGUUCACUUAAUGUCAAGGUUAACUAAAACCUUACAUUUGGAGCGUUGAUCCGAAUAAAAAUCACCAUCCCUUGUUCACAAUACCUAGCAACCAGCUAGCAAAGAAUGGGCAGUGUAGACCAACAGUUACCCUCUGGGCAGCAAACAGCUGCAUCUUCUGCUGGUGCUGAACAGCAAGUUUGUGAUCCUGGGAGAUCUGUUUGGUAACAAAAGGCUGGCUGAGCAUUAAGCGAGGCAUAGUAUGAUUAUGCUGCCCUAACAUGAAAGACCUAUUUCAAUGUAUAAGAAAAUAGGACAGCAGGUAAUGUGACAGAAAUACGCCUGUCGUCUCCUUGUCGUCUGGGAGAUACGGAUACCAUUGAUAUUUGGAUACACUCUACUAUGAGUAGUCAGUCAGUUUGAAGUCAGUCUAUAUUUUUAAAGAAUAAAGACAUGUUGAAAAAGAAGACUAGGCCAUUGUAUGUAGCCAGAUAAGAAUGGUAUAUCUUUGGGCAGAGGGUUUGAUAAAAAAAUUAAAAUAUUUGUAUGCAGUGAUUGUCAGGCCUAGCAUACCAGAUGUUUCUAACUGAUAUCUCCCACAACUCUCAGCCAGCUUUAAUCUUUGACAUCGAAUACCACCAGCAUCAGAUGUUUUCAAUACCAGCCAGUGUUGAGGAGAGCUAUGUGUGGGACUGUUUUGUGCUGUAUCAUGGUUGUUUUGGAUGGUAUUGUAAGUGUGACAGUAAAAAAUGACAUUGGUGGAGAUUUAUCAAACUGUUGACUUCAGAUAAAUGGUGCAAAGAUGUAAAAGGGGAGGAGUUACCACUGAAAUGUGUCUGAUGGCACUACUGAUUUCCAUGGCGAUAGCCCCACUUUUAGUACAUUGCAUCAUUUUUCAGAAUACAACACUUUGACAAAUCUCCCAGUGUUUUUUCAGUAAUAUCAUCAGUGAGUUCACAAUACAAUUAUGCCUUGAGAUGAAAAAUGUUAGGCUACUGGCUAGAUUAUGUUAUAAGACAAACAUAUACUCUAGUACUUGUUUAGGUCUUUAAUCACUCAACCUGACCACGCUUCCUAUUCUAAAAUUACUUGGAAGGAAAUUUUGAAAAAUGAAUUCCUGUCACCCAGUUAGCAAUAUUUUCAUUAAAAGAAAGCUACAAUGCUAGGAAUACAAACCUGUAUUCUUAAUGCUACAGUUUUCUCCUAUUUAUUUAGAUUCAGGGCCCCUGAAAAUCUAGAUAAAAAUUGGGGGGAAGGGAGGAGGGAGGGGGAGGGAAAGGGUACUAUUUACUUAUUUGAAGUGCCAUAUAAACUCCUGCAGCCGCUCGUCCUGCUCCCAGUAACGUCACGCUGACGCAUCUCUAGUCCAAUCCAAUCAUCCACAUAGCGGUGCAUUGGGGACUAAAAGUAGUCUUUUAAUGCCGAAACAAAUAAGAAAAAUGUAUAUUCACAUGCACUGUAAAAGCAUGGUACCACAUAGCAAUGAACUAGAUAAGGGAAUACUAUUGCUGAUCAAUAGCUACAGUAGUGAGACGUUUAAAGAGAUAGAUUUCCCAAGCAAUAUUCUCCUUGAUCUCCUCAUGUGAAUAUGAUUUUAUUUUAUUUUCAUAAUCAAUGUGUAUCACAGGUCACAUUCUUUGACCCUAUUGCUUAUUCAUGUGCUGCAUUGUGCUCUGUCCUUCCCUGAAAUUAAGUUAACUGAUUCUCUCAUACAUAUAUAUAUUGUCAUUCAUUUGAAAUUAAAAUUCCUCUAAGAAAGUUCAAGCAGUUCUUCAAGGGAGGAAUUAUAAAAAACAAAGAGAUUAAUUCAGAUCUCAGCAGUCCUGGGUUUUAUUCCAUGGAAUGUACUUUGUUGUAGCAUUGAGAAAGCUCAAAUCUAGUUUUUCCUAUAAAUCCCUGCUCUGAUGUUGGCAAGGGUCUUGUAGUUGGCCACAAACUAAUGGUAUUCUAUUAAAAUUAACGCAUUCUUAAAAUAUUUUUCAGCCGCGGAGAUAUCUCUCAAAAUACACGCAAGAAAAACAAGUGGUCAGGUGAUCUUUAGUAAAAGUGAAAUUUCAACAGUUAGAUGUGGCAUUUAAAUAAAUGUAGCAACUUUUUUUGUCUUACACGUGACUGCUUUAGUUUUGAUUUUCCCUUCUUUUUUGUUUGUUAUUAUGCCUAUGACUAAGGUCCUUUCCAACUUAUUUGUUUGGCUAAACAUUUAAAAUUAUUUGAUAUUAUAAAAAUAUAAAAGUUUGUAUUAUUUUGUUUCAUAUUUUUUGAUAUAUUGAUAUAUUUUGUUAUAUUUACGAUAUAUUUUUAAAUAAAUUAAUAUGGUGAAAAAUCAUUUUAAACGUUUAUCCAAAAAUAUUAAAUCAUUUGGAAAGUUUAUCCAACAAUAUUGAGGUCAAAAUGAGUAAGAAUUUUCUGAAUAUAGUACAAAGCUGUAAAAUGAAGCAUCCUAUCAGCCUAUCAGAGCAUAGAACAUCACUGUUUCUAUCCUUGUGACAAUAUAAUAAAUUACCUAUUAUCAAAAUACAAGCUUUAUCAGUGCUCACUGCAUGGUUCCCUGAAAAUAGCACUUGGGUGUCUAAUGAUGUGCUUACUUUAUGCUUGUUGUGGACAGUUCCACUGACAAUACCAUCCAAAAGGCAGGACGAGGUAUGACCAGUUUUAUUCUUUACAUGGUUCAUAUACAUAAUUAUUAUAAAUAUUGCAAGUAAAAAGAAAAUGAAAAAUCCUUCUUCAUACCCACAGUAAAGCCAGUAGACAAUUCUUAAGAAAAAACGUACAAUUUAGUCAAGUCAGUAGAUGUUUUUCCAUUAGUUUUCUGUAGCAGACACUGCAGCUAGAGUUUCUGGGUAGAGAAAUGCAAAUUAUAGAUUUUUUUCACAUUUGUUCUUAAGGUCUUCUGGAACCCAGCGAUGCAGAUUUCUUCUUCCACGAUAAGGAGUGGUAGAGUAGCAGAGAACAUCAUAGAACAUAUCGCAGCUACAUAGUAUGAAUAUAUCAAUAUUUCUUCCAAAGGCUUUUGGAGACUUAAUUAGCCUAUUAGAAAACUGAUGUUGUGUAUACAUUUCUCCUUUUUUCCAAAUCUAUAAAUUAUCUAUAAUUUUAGUACUGUCAAUCUUCAUGUUAACCUCAGCCAUCAACCUUGAAAUACACAGCAGGGCAGUAACUAAACAUUCUGAUAUUAAUGCCAGGAAGAAAAGCCCAUGAUAUUUAAUAGUCCAUACAUUUACCCAACAAUAAUUUGCAACUGCAGCAAAUUAAGGAAACAUUUUGUGGAAUUAGGGAAUAAAUAACCUCUUCUAGACAAAAACAAACGAAAGAUAAGACAGUUAUGUUUUAACAGAAUAGAUGGGAAUUGAGUAAAUUGGCUUUCAUUGCAUGUCGAAUAACCAAGAUAAGCUAAAUAAAAUGUCACUGCUUGAGACCAAACCAUCUCAGAAUUGUGUCUUCUUCAUUCCAUUUGCAACACUCUCUACCUCAGUUAUUAUUGUGAUGAGAUACAGUUUGUCAUAGACUGAACAUUAUGAUGCCUUUACAUGAGUCCCGUAAUAUGGACAAGAUCUGUAAUAAUUAAAGACAUACUAAUUAAAGGUGCAUGGCAUACGUUUUGUAUAUAAUGUCCCGAAAAUAAACUAAACUUGAAGAACUAGAACUAACAAUUAAGUUAUGAAUAAAUUUGCCCAAAACCCUCUUUUUUUAUAUUUCAGUUCACAUCCAAACCACCCGCGCACUCAUGGUAGUUGCCAUGCUUCUGGGGUUCAUUGGUAUUAUCAUCAGUGUUGUUGGCAUGAAAUGUACCAAAGUGGGUGAUAACAAUCCCAUUACUAAAAGUCGAAUCGCUGUCUCUGGCGGAGUCCUUUUCUUACUGGCAGGUAAUUAGUAACUGAAAGAUGUUAAACAUUGUGUUCUAGUUUAGUUUUACUGUGAAAAUGUGAAUUUAUCUAUAAAAUUCUCCUUGUGUAUAUUCCACAUAUAGAAAAAAACACACAGUGAACGCACUGUUCAGUGUCUCUGUGUAUACACCUGUACAGACCACCUCCCGGGAAAAAAAACACAGGGUGUGGUGACAGGUGACACACAGAAAUCAAUGUACCGGUAAGGGACUCCAGAAAUCCCUAGCGGGGCUUAACCCCAAGUAAACAAAGAACAAGAAAUAUUACGCAAAUGCAGUCAGUCUCCCUAUGUCCUAGGGACUAACCACAUAUCUGGAAAUAUCUAUAGCGAUCGAGUGUAAUCUAGAACCUGAUGGUAAAAUGGUAAAUAAAAAUAUUAAUAUAUCUAGAGACCCAAGAGCAGAAAAAAUCAAAUAAAGUAUAUACAAGUGUGACUCAAAUUCCAUGCCAGGAAAGGAAAGGGGGGUAUAUAUAUAAGGGGCUAAAUAUCUGCCAUCUACUGUCCUGCCUCAACCCUAAUUAUCAGCUUUAUUGUAAAAUACUAGAAGGGUAUGGGUUACAGAUGGCUAGACCCCCAACAAAGUUCCCCACUUAAAAAUGUCAGUAGUAGGUAUAACAAAAAGGCUCACAAUAGAGCUAAUAGAUAUAUAAGGGAGAGAUGGAAAGUGAAAUGUAGUCAGUAUUCAGUCUAAAAAAACAGACUGAUAUUUAAAAUUAAAAAAGCCUCUCUCCCUGUAAAUCUAACUAGACAGGCAUAGAAAAAGGGUAAAAAAGUAGAAAUAAGUGUUAAAUAGAAAUCAUGGUGCUACAGUCACCACUGGGCAAAUUAGUGGGCAUAUAAGCCCCAUAAAAAAUAGUAUGAUAUAUAUAUCUAUAUAUAUAUAUAAAAAUAGCAACUGUACCUUGCACUCAGACUACAAUUUCCAAGACCGGGUGCACUACCAGGGCUCCAAAUAUCCAAAUGGCUGUAAUAAAAGGCUGCACUCACGGAUUCCCAUAAAAUAUAACUUUUAAUAAGUCUUGUUAAAAAGAUCAACGUUUCAGUCCUGCUUGCGGACUUUCAUCAGGAUCAUGAUGCAAGUCCGCAAGCAGGACUGAAACGUUGAUCUUUUUAACAAGCCUUAUUAAAAGUUAUAUUUUAUGGGAAUCUGUGAGUGCAGCCUUCUAUUACAGAUAUAUAUAUAUAUAUAUAUAUAUAUAUAUAUAUAUAUCGGUUUUCCUUAUAUUUAAGCUGUUUGUGACAUUACAAUGGGAUAUACUACAAAAGAACAUACUCUUGAUCCACACUUCAUACUAUGGGUUGAAUGAACAAACUUUGAAAAUGAGAGCUAGCAGAUUGUGUGCCUAAUCUAACCCCUCUCUCUGUCUCUGCCAUGUCUCACAGAGGUCAUCUUAACCAUUACUUAACAUUUUAUAAGUUAUUGUCCCCAUAAUGCUAAAAUGUAUAGCUUAUCAGCAAAAUGAUACAGAUUAUUUUAUAUUCUACAAGAGUAGAUAACACAAGACAAAUAUGAGUUCAGGCCUUCCAAGUGUUCUAGAUAUAGAGGACCUGAUCUGGAAAAUGACGUUCUGUCUUACUAUCUAAUUAGUAUACAUGUGAGCUGAUCUAGAACAUGCUUGUUGGCUUCCCACUUAUAAACCUAUGUGUUUGGACUAGCUGAACUGAAGGCAAACUGAUCCAUUAUUACCCCUUUGCUAGCCACAUCCAUGCAUCACAGCUGAAAGCUAAUAUGUAUAUGAAUAUAUGGAAAGAUAUUAUUGUUAUAAAUUACACUGAAAUAAGAACAUCAUUUAUUUUUUAAGCACUAUAUUCUUUUCCUUCUUUGUUCCUUAGGUCUCUGUACAUUAAUAGCUGUUUCAUGGUAUGCCACACAAGUCACUCAUGAUUUCUUUAAUCCAAAUACACCGGUUAAUGCUAGGUAAGUGGACUACUUAAUCAGGAGAAGCGUACUUUGUUGUUUGAGAAGACAUCUUUAUCUGGAUUUUAAGUUUUAAAUCUUGACAAACUUUACUGUAUAAAUUAUCCAUGACAUAUUAAUAAAAAAAAGAAGGAAACCAAUUAAAUGUUUUAUCAGUGCAAAAAAAAAAAAAUGAAGUAAGUAAAAAAAUGAUGUUCACCUUACAUAGGAGAUCAUUUUUUCCAUCAUGCAUAGUCAUAUGAGAAUUACUUUUCAGACAGAUUAUGCAUUUUUCUUUGGUCUAAAUAUUGUGUCUUGUGAUCCAUAGUUUUAUUCAGGCAUUUUUGUUCAAGUAAAUAUAAACAUGAAAAACUACACACAAGAACUAAGAUAGAGGAUGAAAAAGGUACAAGUGAAAUCAAGAAUGUUUCAUGGGUUAUUUAUUACACCCUAAAAGAUAUUAAGUAGGAACGUACAAGGGUCAAAGUGGAGAAAUGUAAGAGAAACCUUCUUCAUGGAAAGAGCCAGGACAAUAUCAUCACUUUGAGUCAAAUAACAGUGAUUGGACAUUAUCUGUGGAUUGUUAAGGGUCCAAUUCAGCCAAGUUGCAAAGUAAAUGGACACCUGUAAUAAGUCAAAAUGACUUAUUUCCUCAGGCAUCUAACUUCUUCUACUUAGAUGUGCCAUUUUAUGGGUUGGAAAAUGGGUCAAUGUCCAGUGAAGCAGCAAGCUACAUCAUUAAAACGAAUGAUGUGCCAGCUUUAGACGAUAAGUUAUGGCAAAAUUUUUCCUUUUUUUUUUUUUGCAAAUUGAGAUAGUAUUGUAUUGAGAAGGAAAGAGAUUUGGAUAAAGCCACCAAAGGGAGCAGACAUCUCCAAAAGGUAUUGUCAAUGUGUGGGAAUUUAGACUGUAGUGAUCAUGUACCUGCAAAUAAUCAGUUUAUUAGUAGGACUCAUGGAAGGCCAAAUACACAAUGUUCUCACACUUAGCUAGAGGUUAGGCAUAGUGACCAAAAGCGUGAAAAUAUGAACUACAAUGGAGAGAAUUUAGAGUUAUCUUGAUAUGACUUACAGGCAGAUACAUCCAGUAAAUCUCAUCAUUUUUGUUUCACUUUUUGUUUCACAACAUUCGAUAUCCCCUCUUUAUGACCCAAUCAUUGUGUUGCAGGUAUGAAUUUGGCUCAGCUUUAUUUGUAGGGUGGGCUUCUGCCAGUCUCACCAUGCUUGGAGGGUCUUUCCUUUGUUGUUCCUGCCCCAAUGAAGAGCGAAGUGGACAGCAGUACUACAGACAAUCUCAGCCAUCAGCAACUACCAGAGAGUAUGUCUAACUCAUUGUCUAUAGCUGCAUGCCGAUGCUGUUUUACAAAUAAUGGAAUGUUCUGAUUAUUUUUUAUUUUAUUUUUUUGUAAAUAAGAUUAGAUCUUUACAGGUUUUUUUUUAUUUUCUUUUUUUAUUGUUUCCAAGCCAAAGUUAUACAUAUAUAUAGAGUGAAUUUGAAUUGAAGAAUGCGCUAUUUAUGUACCUAUACUGAAUGUAUGUUUUAUUCUAAAGAAAUUUAGCUGAGCAGCAAAUUGGAUUGUAAAUGUCUCUGUCAUUUCAAGGGUUAACAAUAAUAACAGUAGUAAUAACUAAAUGGCUUUGCGUUUUUAAUGUGAGUCUUAUUUACAGGGUCUCUGACGUAUGCUCAGGAAAUUAGCAUUUAGACCUUUUGCUAUUGGUUCACCAAAAUAUAUGAGGAAAUAGUUUGCAGAGCACAUAUUAAUAUAAUCUAUAUACUGAUUUAACAGAUUAACAGUGAAAUAUAAAGAUCAAAAAAACCCAAAGAGGAUUCUUCGUUUUUAAGUAGUUAUUAUUAUUAAGGAUAUUAUUAAAGUAGCUAUUUCUCUCUCUGACAGUAUAAGCCCAAAGUUACCUGACGCAGGUAAUGUUGGGAUGUGUGUACCAUAUAUACAUUAUAGCUUUUUUUUAUAAAGUGCAAAUAGUUUCCGUAGCACGUUUCAUUUGCAAAGGAAUCAUGUUACCAGUAGAGAUGUCGCGAACUUCUCGCGAACGGUUCGCCACGGUUCGCCACGAGCUGUUCGCGGCGAACUCCGGUCAGCUGACACGUCCCGGCCAAUCACCAGCAGACCCUCCCUCCCAGACCCUCCUACUUCCUGGACAGCAUCCAUGUUCCUAAAUUGUUUUCUCACAGCUGGAAACAUGGAUGCUGUCCAGGAAGUAGGAGGGUUUGGGAGGGAGGGUCUGCUGGAGAUUGGCCGGGACGUGUCAGCUGACCGGAGUUCGCCACGAACAGCUCGUGACGAACCGUGGCGAACCGUUCGCGAGAAGUUCGCGGACGGUUCGCGACAUCUCUAGUUACCAGCUGUGAGAAAACAAUUUAGGAUUAUAUGAACAUGAAGUGAUGAGGGUUUGACUCAAGUUGCAAUAUCUAAAGUUAACCUGAUAUUCCGAAUGUGGUGGAUUUACUUUUUUCCAUGAAGGCUGGUUAAGCAUUAAAGGAAAAGUCCACAAUAGCCAGAGUACCCAUAUUUAGCCACCACUAUCCUAGCAAAUACACAAUGAUUUACAUCCCAUUACUAAUUGCUUUUCAUUUCUAACUGUAAUGUUUACUUUCAAAUACAGCAUCAAUGCACACUGGGAUUUUAGGGGGAGGGGGGAGGGAUUGCGAUCUUAAAGCCUUGAGAAUAAAUUGUAACAUAUUGUGAAGUUCUGCUUAUAAUGAGUGGAACAAUGAAUUUCUCAGUCUUUCAGCGGUAUCAACUUGUGCUAAACAAAAGGGCCAUUUGUGCUUGUGUAAAGACAAAACAUGCUCUGUUGAAAGGUACUUGACUGUUCUUUAGAAGCCUUGGUUUGUGUGGGUCUUUCUGAUGAAAAUCGUCUGUUUCCACUCCAUCGAGAUAUAAAAAAUGACAUGUGCUAAAGAAUUUAAUAUAUCUGUAAUGUAUUCUAAAAACUGAGAGUUCUCUGAUUUUGUAAAAAUUGUACAGCAAGAAAACAAAUAAAUACAGCCUAAUUAAAUGGAAACGUUCCUUAAGAAAGAUUUCUUUUGGUUUUAUUUUUAACUUACUAAAGUGUUUUUUUGUGUUUCUUAUAGCUGUGUUGCAUGGCACGAUCAGGGGAUCUCAUGAUGAGUGUAAAUGUUUUUGUUUGUUUUUUAUAUUAAUUUAUAACAGUCGUAGUUGCAAUGUAGGGUGUAAGAUUGCUAUGAAAUGUUAUACUAUAUCACAACCGUAUAGGAGAUAAACAUGUGUUAACGAAGUAUGCAGUGAGAGAUCUUUAAAUAAUUACUGUAUAGAUAUGCAGCAAACGUGGUCAUACAGGUAAUUACAGCCAAAUUUUGCAGGAAAAAAAUUAUGAAAGAAAACCGAAUUUGUUUUGUUUUAAGUUAAACAAAUGUGGAAAUAAAAACUGUGCACUCAAACAGUUCUGAUCUUUCAAAUAAUAAAAAAAUGGAAUAUCACAGGGAUGAUAGAAUCUCAUAUAUUGUACUUAAAAAAAAGUUUUAUUGAUAUAAAAAUUACUCAUUAUCUGUAUCGUGACCUGUUAGUGGGGAAAAGCAAUGUAUCCACUCUUUAUACUGAGGAAGCAUUUAAAUAAAGAUAAUUUAAAGAUAUUAUUUACCAUUUAACUGUGAUGCAGAUUUGGAUAACAUUUCAAUAAUGACACAUAUGUUGGCUAAAAUAAAAAUCGUAUCUUGGUUGACAAAAGAAAGCAAUUUUCAGUAGGUUGUAUUGUUAGGAUGAAUUGUUUGAGCUUGUUUGUUUUGUGUUUUCGUCAAAUAGUUAAAUUAAAACCAGCACAGAAUAGGUUGAAUCAGGUGUUUUUAUUGAAUGUCAACUGUCAGGAAUGCACAUAUGGUAGACAGUAAUUAACUUGCUGAAUCUUUUUUAUACACGUGAUAGGAAAAUAGUAACGUAUAACUUUACAAACAAGAGUAGAAACAAACAAAACGUAGAACAAUCAAGUGUUUUUCAUCCUAAUUAGAUCUUCAUUAAUUUAAUAUUAGUGCCAUUGUAUUAUAUAACAACAUACACGCUGAAAAAGAGACAAAAUCUCAAAUGUACCUUUCCUGCAGAUACAAUAAAACCAACAACAACAAAAAAGGCUCUUUUGUAUUUCUGUUACAUUUGAUACAAAUAGAUGCAAAAUAAUAUUUUACAAAUGCGUUCUUGCAGCAAUUCUCAAGGUAAGUGUGGGGGCAAUAGAUGGAGAUAGCACAUAAUCGUAUGAAGAAGAGUCAUGUGUGUUGUAAAAGCUAAGUGAGGCAAGGGAUAUGUGGUCUUCGAAGAUUGAUUACUUUAUUAGUUAGCAUUAUUUCAUGUUCGUGUGGAUACAUGAUGGUGUAUCAGUAGAGUCUAUGUAUGGUAUAUUUUAUAAAACAACAUGUCAGCAUGUGGUGAAACGCGUUGAUCAUUUAAUGUCAUGCUUUGUCUUACAGAUGAGUUAAUAAGCCGAUGUUUGCUUAUAGCUGCACAAUGUUGAACCAAAAUAUUUUUGUAUUAUUACUGUUUUCUCAUAUUUAUCUGCAAAACCUUUCUUGAUUCUUACCUGACAUUUCACGUGUGCUAUAAUAUUUUGCAGUGAAUCCUGUCUGACCAGUCUUAGACUUCUUCCAACCAAUACUGAUAUAACCUGGUCUUUCUCCUAACUAUUCCUUAUUAGUUCUGGACUUUUUCUUGUAAUGGAAUCUAGAGUUUCUGUUAGCUAAUCUGGAUCUUGCCUUAACUGAUUGUGAAUGUUAUAACCGACCUUGAAUAACUGACCUUGCUCACGGUGCCUAGAGAGAUAUCAGCUAUGCCUCACUAAUGAUGCCUAGCAAGGUUGAAACGAUCGUCAGGGGUUGCUGUGUCUCUCGUGCAGAGGGAACUUGCUGGCAUUUUGGAUCUGGACUGCCCGUAUGGGUGGGACCAGUCUGAUAUGCUUCAGAUAUGUUCUCUCUGUGAUGGCACAAGAUGAGCUAAAACCAGCUUGAGAUCUGAGUGGGGACCCACCAAAGGGCAGGCUAUUUCAGCUGCUGUCUGUUCUCAGUACACUCUUGCACCUUGUUUUUUGCUUUCCACUAACCAUUUCCCUUUUUUUUUUGUUUGUUUGUUAACUUUUAUGGGAUGUUCAAAGUGUUAUAGAUUAAAAAGAAUAUCAAUAGUAUUAGUACCUUCAGGAAGGAGAUCUGCCAACGAAAAAUCUUAAGGAGUAUUUAAAGAAACAUGACCAAAUAUUGACAGGAGCUUGAAUACAAUAUCCAUUGAAAAUAACUAUAUUGCACACUAUUCAUUCUCCCCCGGAAAAAUGUUUACUGAGAGUGUUCUGCAUGAAUGUACAGUGUAUAAGGAAAGUCAUUCAUGAAUAUUGUCUUGUGACAGGCUUUGUUACAGAUGGUUGCUCUUAAAUCACAGAGGGACUGUGUGGAUUUACAAAUAAAGGGGCCCAUACAUGGUUUUACUAAUCCCCGAGAGAAUGUUUGAUGUAGCAUACACAUCAUUUACUUUAAUAUAGGAAAGUGUGGACCCUAUAAUCAGUCACAAAAAUGAGAACAUACAGUUCUAUUCAGUGCAGUUACUGCACAUUAUAAUGUAGACAGUAAUACUUAUACCUGUUUGUAAGUGACCUGCCAAUAAAAUCCAGUUUCCAGGAAUGAAUUGCAAAAUGUGAGAGAUUUGUGCAUUAAAAAAUGAAUUGUAGCGAAUUGAGAAUCAUAUUGUAAAAUUUAGGAAAAAUGUGCUGAUUUGGAAAAAGUUUUUAACGUAGCUGCAGUCACAGUUUGGUUAUUUUAGCUGGAAUUUUGCAAUUUGGUGUUUAGUGAAUUAACCCCACAAUGCACCCAUUGCAUGGCUGGACAUGCAUGUGUACAGUACUACGGGAGCAUGGCUAUGAUUGUACUGUGUUAUGAUUGUAGAGGCUCAUGCAGGUAUAUGCAUGUAUUCAUGGGUUCACAGCAUCUCAGGAAGCAGUUGGCACCAGUUCCAGAGAUUGCUGUGGAAGUAAGCAUGCUUACCUGCAUUGCACAGACUGCACAUAUCAACCUGUAAAUGUAUCAGUACUGCAAAUUAAAAUAGGGCGUCGAGUGGGAGAGGAAUAAGGUGCUGGGAACUGGACUUUCCUGUAGAAUCACUGUAGAUUUAGAGAACAUUAACCACGUAAGGACACAUGACGGAAAUAUUCCGUCAUGAUUCCCUUUUAUUUCUGAAGUUGUGUCCUUAGGGGGUUAAACUAAAUAUUAUAUGCUUAGCAUAAUAAAAUUAGAUGCUUAUAAUUGUGAUUCGGUUGGUUGAGAUUAUAGGGGAUGAAUUUCAUUUGUUACCCAUGGGAGGCUGGUAAGUGAUUCAAAAUAGGAGUGAGUGAGCAUGAUUUUAAAUAGUUCCUCUAUAAUAAUUUUGACUGGUUACUUUUUGUAAAUGAUUUGGAGAACAUUAGAAUAACAUAAUUACCAAAAACGUACCAGAUCCACUCAGGGCCAGUGCAAGGAUUUACACAAGAGAAGAGGCAUUUUGCCCCCCCCCUUUUGAAUUUCUUACACCCUUUAGGGUAUUUUAUCCACCCUUCAGUGUGUCUUACACCCCAUUGUAUGUCUCUUACAACCCCCCUUGUGUAUCUCUUACAUCCCCCAGCCCAUUUGUGUGUCUCUAUUUUUCUCAUGGCCCCUUUGGGUGUCUCUUUCUUUCCCCCAGCCCCAUUCUGUGUCUCUCUCCCAUCAGCCCAUUUUGUGUGUCCCUCUCCCCCCAGGACCCUUUGUGUGUCUUUUUCCUCCCAUGCCAUAUAGACAUAGUAAUAUAGCCACAAACACAACCAUACUGGCAAACACAGACAUAAUCAUUCAGGCACACAGUCAUACAGAUAUGCAGGCACACAAUUAGACAAAUACAGUCAUACAGGCACACAGUCAUACAAUCUACACAUACAGGUACAAUGUCAUACAAACACAGACAUACAGUCAUACAGACACACACACAGACAUGCAGCCACAGUGAGGGUCUGUAGUAGGGGAUAAGGGCUGCACAUGGGGGGAUAGAGACUGUAGUAUUAAGGAUGUGUAGUAGGGGGUUAGGGGUUUUAGUGGGGAACAGGGGCUGCAGUGGGGGUCAGUGGCUGUAGAGUAGGCACAGGGGCUGUAGAGGUGGAACAAGGCCUGUGGUGGGGCAGGGGCUUUAGAGGGAGGCACAGGGGCUGUUGAGGGGGGCACAUAGGCUGUAGUUGUGGGACAGGGACUGUGGUGGGCGCUGGGAGCUGUAAAGGAGGGCUCAGGGGCUGUUAACAAAAAAAAUGUGGAUAAAAAAUAACAACUUAAGUGUAUUCUCCUAUCUCUGAGGCUUACUUUGGACCAGGGAGGGGGAAAUCAUAUACCUGGUAAUCAGGUGGGACAAAAGCUGGAGCCUGCAGCCAGCACAUAGCGGCCAGUGAAGAACACUGCUCUCAAUUUGCUGUUUGCUGGCUGCAGGGAGACAGGGGAUUCUGAUUUUUGCGCCCCCCUGCUCUGGUGACCUAUGGCAGCUGCCUGUGCUACCUUAGGGAAGCACUGGUCCUGGAUCCACUUAAUUCAAUAGACUACAGAAUAACCAGGAGGCAGGACUCCUGUGAGUAAAAUGUCUCAGCUACAGCGGCAUUCAUUCUCGUGACAAAAAUAUAAUUUUGCCUCUUUAGAAAUUGAUGGUAAGACCAUACCUUAAAUGUGCUGCCCAAUUUUGGGCACCUGUUCUAGAAGGAUAUUAUGGCGCUAGAAAAAGUGUAGAGGCGGGCUACAAAAUUAAUAAAAGGAAUGGAGCAUGUUAGCUAUGAAGAAAGGUUAACAAAUUUAAACCUCUUUAGUUUAGAAAAACGUUGCUUCCGAGGGGAUAUGAUAACUUUAUACAAAUAUAUUUUAGGCCAAUACAAACCAAAGGAAGGGUUUUUUGUUUUUUGUUUUUAAAGUGAGAGCAAUAAGGAUGUGGAAUUCUCUGCCUGAAGAGGUAGUUUUAUUGGAUAAAUACUUGCAAAAACAUAAUAUUCAGGGAUAUAUUUUUUAAUUAGUGGGGUAAUAGUUUCUUGAUCCAAGGUGAGAUCUGACUGUCAUUCUUGGGUCAAGAAGGAUUUUUUUUCGCACAAUUGGAAACGCUUCAAACUGUGUUGUUUUUUUUUUUUUGCCUUCUUUUGAAUCAACAGUAAAAACCGAUGCCUGUGUAAUUAUGUAUUCUUAAAGCUAUGUUAAUUCUAUAAUACUACAUUAAUACUAACUGUAUGCAUCUUCUCUUUUACAAACGUCUGAACUGUACUAACAAGUAUUUCUUUAAUUAUUCUAGUAGUUAUUGUACAGUUAAUCCACAUAUAAUCUCUAAAUUUCAGAUUUAAUUUAGUAAUUAGCUUAUUGUUUUGUCUAGAAUCACAAAAAUGCCUAGCAAGAAAAAAGAAGAAACAGCGAGUUAAUAUCGAAGGCGCAAAGAUUACAAAAACAAACAUGAAGAGAUUUGUCUAUUUCCUGCAGAAAGGACAUUAAGAAAAGCUGGGGGGAAAAAUUUGGAUUGCAUCAAAGUCUGCAAAGAACUUUGUCUGCUCUUUUUUUAAACGACUUCAGUGGCAUAUCAGUAAAUAAUUCAUUUUUCGAGAAUAGAGCAGAAGGGUUCUGUGUUCAGCCAUCUUGGUAGGCAAAUUUUAAAAUGUGUGUACCAAUUGAUGUGAUGUUUUUGUAUAUUUUUAUAUGGCUAAUUUAUUAAUUCCAGGGUUGCCUUAGUAAAUAAAACUACAUUCUGAUAUUUACAAUGUUGAAAUGCUUUCGUAACAUACUAAAUUUGCGAAAUCUCCAUAUAACGCACGGAGAGGUCAAGAUGUAACCACAUAUAGAAACUGUUUGUCAUGUACAUAAAGCAGUUCAAUGAAUACAUACACAGUGUUACAAGACUAUUUUUCAUAUGACUUUGUAUAUUAUGACUAUAGAACUAUGUUUGAUGGAUUUUUUUAUAACUUGUAGACUAAUAAAAUGAUGUAAACAAUUUUGCUGAGAUUAUUUUCUAAAUCUUGAUGAAAUAUGAUUUUUUUCUGAUUAGAAGAAAUAAAAAAUAUUCUUAUUCUAACACCGUAUAAACAUUUAAACAUGUACAGUAUAUGGGCACCUAAAAAUAAAAAAAACUGUACACACCAAAACAUAAGAAUGGAUAUAAAAAAUUAGCUAUCAAAGAGGCAACUGGAGAUGGUGGGGUGCUAGAUUUUACCCCAGAUUUUUUCUCUGCUUCCUAGCUUGUUCGGCUCUGCCAGUUUUACCACAUGUACUUACAAGGUUACUCCAACUACCACAACCACUUCAGUGGUUUGAAGUGGUCAUGCUGGUAGAAGUAUGUAUGUGCAGUGUUUCUGAGUGCUCUAUCUGCCCCUUUGGAUCAGCCUCCACUGACUGACAUCAAGUGUUUUCAUUGGAUGGUUUAAAAAUAAAAAUAAAAUAUAUAUAUAUAUAUAUGUUCCUUUAUUGCUCAUUAUGGGAAACGCAGCUGAGGUCCGUCUUAUUACAUAUUGACACUUCUGUAUCUCAUUUCCCCUCCUCUGUUUCCAGACUUGCAUUAAAGGAAUACUCUAAGCACCAAAACAACUUUAGCUUAAUGAAGCAGUUUUGGUGUAUAGAACAUGCCCCUGCAGCCUCACUGCUCAAUUCUCUGCCAUUUAGGAGUUAAAUCACUUUGUUUAUGCGGCCCUAGUAACACCUCUCUGCAUGUGAUUGCUGCAGGUCUGACAGAGCAUUACGCCACUGGACAUCUUCCUUUGUUUUAAUAAUUGUUGUGCGACCAUCGUGUCACCAGGAGGUUAAAUAUCUGCUGAUCAAAAACAAAUAUACAAAACAAUAAAGAUGUGGUGAAACUGGCAGAAGAACCCAACAAAAAAAACUAUAUACAAGUUACUAUUCUAGAUAAAUACUGUGUAGGGAGAGAAUUACUGAUACAACAUGUGGCCGAUGCAUUCCACACAAGACACGUGACCGUUACUCUUAAUAAAAAGACAGCCAGAGACCAAUGUGUCAUAGACUGGAAAGGCCUAUAAUACUGCGUGCUCAUCAGUACUUGUUAGCUCCUUAUCAGAGGGAGGAUCCGUACCUAGAAAACAAUAUGUAUGUGACCACACAUAAAUGGGGCUGGAUGGCUGGUCUGAUCAAUGGGAUAGGGCUGCAAUGUAACAUACAGGUUCAAUACGCAAGUGCCAGGUAUGUCUGGAGCCACUUUGGGAUUCCCUUUUGGUAAGGUCAUUGUACAAAAUCUGAAAGACACUAGUUAAUAGUAUUAAUAUUUUCAAUAAUCUUGAAUCUAUAUUUAUACAUGUACCAUCUGUUCUUUAGCUCUAUUGAAUAGAAUCUUU